GGCGCAUUUUAUAAUUUAUAAUAAAGUAGAGAGAGAUGAAAAAAAUAUGUUAGGCUAUUCAACAGCCAAUAGGAGAAUUGAAAUGAAACUGUGCGACAUGUUUAAUGAGGUUAGACCGGAUAUUUACAUGGAUUUUCUUCUUGAAGAGAAAAUGUGUUAAAUAUAUAUAAAUAAAUUAGGUACAUCAAAUUAUUGAAAAAGAUAUUGAGAGAUGAAUCCUAUGUUGCGUACGGUUCGAGCUUGCAUGUAUUCUGUGAGACAUGCCCAGUAUAGCACUUUACCUUCGGAAGCAGUAAUAUUUACGGAAGAUGAUAGGAUGGUUGUCUGUUGGCAUCCAGAGAAACAGUUUCCGUAUGAAUGUUCCUUACCCUUGCCUGAGGAGAAGCCCGAUACCUCUGCAUUACGUGUCGGAGACAAAGAUAUUGCAGAUGUCUUCAGAAAAACGAAGCCCCUUCAGCUUGUGCAUGAAUUAGCAAAGAUUACACAUACUACAAAACACAAAUGGUUUCCCAGAAGCAGAGACAAAAGAGCUAAAAAGACAGAACCUGACAGACCAUACUUGUAAUCUUUGAAAGACAUUUCAAAAGUAGCUCUGAAAGAAAAGUUUAAAUUUGCUCUAAACAUGUAGUUAUUUUUAAGGAAAUUUAUAUCAAUAAAUGCUGUACAAAGAUAA